UCUUUUUUAUUUUCUUAUUUUUUUUAAGGAAAAAGAAAAAAUAUUGUUAGGACAAGUGGGGUGCUGUGCCGUGAGCUGUGUUGUGUUCCAGUGGCUGCGGUUGUAUCUUCCUUCACUCAGCUAAAAUUUCUUAGCAAUUUUUUGUUUCCUUUGCCAAUUCUCUGACCCAGUACGGAGAAGAAACCCCUCCUCCUCUUCUCCGUAACGACUCUUUCUGGGUUUGGUCUUGGUGUUCUUUGUUUUUUGGCUGUCCUUUACAGCAAACAGCUAAAGGUCACAUUUUGUUGGUCCCUUAAGUCCUGUAAACCAAAAUUCCUUCACCCACGCCGCUUGAGAAUUUUUUCUUUUUCUUUUCAAAGGUCCCAUUUUUUGUUUUUUCUGAAAAUGGAGAAGAAAACCCAGAACCAAGAAAUUAGCUGUGAAAGUUUGGAGAUCUGGGAAAUUUUGGAUAUGCAAGUGGUGAUGGUGGGGGCCACCUGCUUUGAGUUUUAAAGGUCUUCUCUUCUCUAUAAUUUUCUUCCGAAAAAAGGGUUGCAGCUUUUUAGUAUGGUACUUUUCAGAGUAUUGGAUCUUGCUUGUAGACCUACACAAAAAUUUCCACUUUUUUCUCUGUAAGGUGUUGCUAACUCAAGCUCAAAGCUAAAAGCUUUUCUUGGUAUUUUACUGUUGGAAAUUUGGACUGGGGGAUACGAAAGGGCUCCCAAUUUGUGAAUGGCAGAGAAUUGACGUUGAAACAGAAGCUUUUUCUGGAAAAAAAUUUCCCUUUUCUUCUUAUUAAAAUUUUCAUGAUACAAAUUUCGAAAGCAAGAUGAUCGAUCAAUUCAUCAACUUUGUAAUUCGCCCGCCCAGGGCAGAGUAUAAUCCAGAUCAGUAUCUUUGGGAAAAUAAUUUUUCUCUUGCGGGAAGAACAUAUAAACGGCAAGACUUGGAGCUCAGGAAUGCAAGGGGCCAUGUGUUGCGAUGUAGUCAUUAUCUGCCUUCAGAUUUACCUGAAGAUGCUUCUCUUCCUUGUGUGAUAUACUGCCAUGGGAACAGUGGAUGCCGGGCAGAUGCAAAUGAGGCUGCUGUAAUUCUUCUUCCCUCAAAUAUCACUGUUUUCACUCUUGAUUUUUCGGGUUCAGGCUUAUCAGAUGGUGAUUAUGUUAGCCUUGGUUGGCAUGAGAGAGAUGAUCUCAAAAUUGUUGUAUCAUAUUUAAGAAGCAACAAACAAAUUUCACGCAUAGGUCUAUGGGGACGUUCCAUGGGUGCAGUUACCUGCCUUCUUUAUGGAGCAGAAGACCCUUCCAUAGCUGGAAUGGUGUUGGAUAGUGCAUUUUCAAAUUUAUACAAUCUGAUGAUGGAACUUGUAGAUGUGUACAAAAUCCGGCUUCCUAAAUUUACUAUUAAAAUGGCAGUGCAGUACAUGAGGCGGGUGAUUGAGAAGAAGGCAAAGUUUGAUAUUAUGGAUCUUAAUUGCGUACAGGUGGCACCCAAGACGUUCAUUCCUGCAUUAUUUGGACAUGCAAAGGAUGACAAAUUCAUCCAACCCCAACAUUCGAAUGUCAUCCAUAACUCAUAUGCGGGUGAUAAAAAUGUUAUUUACUUUGAUGGUGAUCACAACUCCUCUCGACCACAGUUCUUCUAUGAUUCAGUAUCCAUUUUCUUUUACAAUGUUCUCCACCCUCCACAAAUACCUUCUGUUACAUGUAAGCCUGAGAAAUAUUACGAUUUGGGGGAUUUGAAGGUUGGUGCUGGUAUGGAUGAGGGUUUGCUAUACGAGAUAAUCACUGGUGUUCGCUCUGUUGGUACUGAUGCAGCAAGUUCUUCUUCUGCUCCUCCCAUCAUCUCAACCACAGAAUCUGUGGAUAAACUUCUUUCUAAUAUUGCUCCAGUGGCUACUGACUCUGCACUUGAUGAGAUUAAUGCACUUAGCAGACGUGAAUCAUCACAAUUACAGGAGAAGCCAGACUCCCAAAAUGAAGAAUGUUGUUCGUAUACAAGCUCAAAUAGAGAAAGUUGGGGAAGAUGCUCAUCAUUGGGAGGCAGUGAUGAAGAAUCUUCUGCAGAUUGCACAGCUGCAGAAAAUGGUGAUCAGACCGUUAAGGUGUUCGCAACACCUCUUCGAAGUACCACGCAGCAGAAGUCAGUACCUGCAAAAGAGGAGAAGAAGAAGAAAGCGCCAACCGUUCCAAAGAAGCCCAAGAGUGAGAAACUUGAGAAGUUAGAGGCCCUUAGUAGACGACUACGUCUUUGCAUUCUUAAGAGAGUUAACCAUCGGAGACAUCGAUCUUCAUGAUUGUUUGUGUAGAUGAGAGUAUUUAACAUGACUGUUUGUGUAGGAGAAGAGGGUUCUUACCUUAGCUACUAAUGUUUUAUCUUGUCUUGUCAAUGUCAUCAAUGUAUUGCCCACCUUCCCUGUUUGGGUUUGAUCAUUUCAGUUUGGUCUUGUUUUAAGGUAUAUGGAUUCGGGUUUUAA